AUGCCUGCGGAAAAGUUUCAACAGGUUCUGUGGAAGCAGAAAUUUGAAAUACAAAAUUGCCCCAACAUCGACUCGCCUCGCCCUUUCGGUUGCGCAAGCACUAAAGCUAAGAGAUCGCGGACACCUUACUAUUAUAUACAUUUUUUCGGAUUCUCAGAUAGCACUCAGUUGGCUUUCCUCAACCCGUCAAACCAAUUUGGGAGUUUUGUCAACACGGCCGAAAACCAAGCGGAUGCCGGAACUCUUGGACUCACCAAGGAACAAAUCAUCACUCACAACUGGUGGAGUGGUCCACAGUUCUUGCGCACAUCUAAACAUCAGUGGACGUCUCGUUUCUUCAAGAUAACAACUAGCAACGAGCCUACGUUCGAGGAGCUCGGGAACGAAGAAGCUGCGAAUAUCAAUACAGUCUCCGAAAGAAGCGAAUAA